UAGUUGCUGUUUCACCAUCGAACAGAGAACGAGUUUGAUCGGAAAUUGAGUGGAAGCAACAGUGCGAUCUUAACGAUCUUAAUUUGAAAUAAAUAUUAUUUAACAUAAUACAAAACUAAUCCCUGUAUUAGAAGAAAACUUUAAAAUAAAACAUUUACUGAUUGAACUUUAAAACGUCUCCAACCGGAAAGGAAUUAACACAUUUCACAAAAAGUCGAACUGCACGUCUCUAAAGCAUUUUUGACUUUUUGAUUUUUAAAAUAGAAAAUUGUUAAAACUAAGCAAUAAAAGAAAGUGAAAUAAAUUUAGUUCUAUAAGUAACAGAAAACAGCCAUAACUUGAAUCAAAACAAUCUAAAGUUGAAGAGUUGAUAAAAGUGAACUAAAAUUUUUGAUAAACAUAAGAGCACAAUUUUACAAACUAAAAAUAUAUAAAAAGCAACGAAACGUUUUUGUGUUUAUGACAUUUAAAGACAGUUAAAAAGCAAAUAUCGUUACUCCAAGUAAGAAAGUUUCAAAGAAUAACGUAAAAGAGUGGGAAAAAUACCUCCACUCAAAAAAAUCACUUUUUUCAUAUAAAUAAAAUAUGUAAAGAAAACUUAAACGAAAAUUUAGUUUUUAAUGAAGUCUCCAAUAUCAGUUCAGUUGUAAAAGGUGGCAGUGGGACGGAGUUGGAUAUACCAGUUGCUUGAUCAGCUUGUAUGGUUGCCAGUUUGUGUGGAACCGUGUACCUGUUGUGCUCAAAUAAAUUUGCAGCAUUGUAAAGAGGAAAAAUUAAGCAAUAUUGGAGCAUACAUAUAUAAAACAAUUUUUUGAAGGAUAUAUAUUGAGCUUUGCGGUAUAUAAAGGAUAUAAUGACAGGAAUGCUUUAUUAUUUAUAUAAACAAAUACAAAAUGUUUGAAAUAUUAAGUAUAAUUUUAAAGUAAUGUUAAACAAAUAACGCGUGUGAAGCAACAAAAACGUUGUAUAUUCAAAGUGAAAAUAUUUUUAACGGUUAAAAACUUAUAAGAGAAUAGAGAAUAAAACACAGUAACAUCUUACAAUCACGAAAGACAACACAGUUUUAUUUACUCCUCAUUCUCAUUUUUGAGUUUUUUAUAUAUUUUUUUAAACACAAAGCAAAAAAAAAAACUAUAAAAAUCUCAGAACUUGUUCUUCUUCAGCAGCAAUUAAUCAACAUAAGUUUUAGCUUCUUUCUCAUCUUCCAUUCUUCUUUGCUGUUCCUCUUUUUGAACUGAUGUGAAUUUGGUCAAAAGCAACAAAACAACUUUUAAGCUUUCCGAGCAAGACACUGUGCUGUCACCAACAAUAAACAAAUUCUUUAACGAAAAUUGACUCGGUUAUAAUCAUAAUUAUUUUAUAAACAUCAAAGAAAUUAGCAGAAGAACAGCAGAAGUAUAAAGAAAAAAUUAACAGCAAACAACUGCAGCAGAAAUAAUAACAACAACCACAAUAUAUUAAAAACAAUAACAACUGAUCAUAAUAAUCAAAGCAAGCAAAAUUGUUUGUACAUUUAUUUAUAUGUGCAUACUGCUCUAUCUCUUGAGACAUCUUUCCCGGCGACAUUUAGAUUUACUUUCAACGCAAAGUAGCACGGCAAAUGACAAAAUCGCAAUUACCUUACCAAAAAUUAAAAUAAAAAUAUAAGAAAACAAAUAAACAUUGUACGUACAUGAGUACAAGAAGUACAUUGUGCUUUUAGUUCGACAAGAGACAAGAGACAAGUUAGGCGAAGUAAAAAGACUGCAAGACAUAAUAUUUCACAAAAUGCAAGUACCGGAGCAUAUUGUAUCGCUUUAUGUGGCGACAUGCGGACAAAAUGGACCUGGCCUAGGUUCUGAUGAGAAGGAAAUCAUAUUGCUAGUUUAUGUUAUUUUGGACGCAGCAACUUCACAGAUAAUCGGUACGAAACAAAUCUUAGUGCGACCUGAUGGUAGUUUCGUGAAAGAUCGCACAGUUUCAACGUCAUCAGACGCAUCUAAUAAUGCUUCAUCACCGCCACUGGCAAUUACGUACACGGACGUGAAUAGCAAUAAAAACAGCACAAACAAUAAUAAUUUAAAUGGAAAUAUUACAAAUUCAAAUACAUAUAAUUCUCAAAAUUCUACAAAUGGUUCCGUCAAUAAUAAUAACAACAACAUCAAUAUAAAUAACAAUAACACAAUUAGCACCAAUGGUCCAAUAAUAUCAACGGAUGAAAUCGAACUGCCCAUCGCUGUUGCUCAGGCUGCUGGAAAGCCAUUAAAUGAGGCCAUCGAAGAGUUCGAUGAAUAUUUGCGCUCUCUGGCCGUUAGUGACGUCAAUGAUAUUAAAAUAAUCACAGAUGGACAAUUACCUUUACGACAGUGCUUGCAUCGCGAGGCUUGUGCCAAAGAUAUGGACUUGCCGACCUAUUAUAACAAAUUUUGUGAUUUACGUAAAGAAUACUUGAAACACAAAUCGGGUGAUCUAUCACGCGCGUUGGUUCCCGUCAAAGAUAUUAAAAAGAUAUUACAAAUGCCUGUAAUGUCCACCCCUCAAAGUAUCAACGAAAUGUUGAAAGAAUUAAAUCUUCCAAACACUGAGAGUAAUGAAUUUUAUAUAAGAGAAUCUCGAGAUAUGGUCUCAGUAAUACAACAUAUGCUCAAAUCAGGUCAUAAGUUUAUUGCCAAUGAAACGGUUAGUUUAGUACUUGAACCUGGUAUUUGCUCAAUUGACGACGAGAUUGACGGAAACUGCAUUGUACGCACGCGUGGCUUACCCUGGCAGAGCAGUGAUCUCGACAUUGCCAAAUUCUUUCGUGGUCUAAACGUUGCGAAAGGUGGUGUUGCGUUGUGUUUGUCUCCGCUUGGUCGUCGGAACGGUGAAGCAUUGAUACGUUUCGUUUCACAGGAGCAUCGAGAUAUGGCACUCAAGCGACAUAAACAUCACAUCGGUAAUCGAUAUAUUGAAGUAUAUCGCGCCACCGGCGAAGAUUUUCUAUCCAUAGCAGGUGGAGCCUCUAAUGAAGCACAAGCUUUUCUAUCAAAAGGCGCCCAGGUGAUCAUACGAAUGCGAGGUCUGCCAUACGAUUGUGUAGCUAAGCAAGUUCUGGACUUUUUCACUGUUGGUGAAAAUCCGUGCAAUGUACUCGACGGUACUGAGGGAGUGUUGUUCGUCAAAAAGCCUGAUGGUCGUGCCACUGGUGAUGCCUUUGUACUUUUUGCCACUGAAUCAGAUGCACCAAAAGCUCUGUCACGACAUCGUGAAUCGAUUGGUCAACGUUAUAUUGAAUUAUUUCGAUCCACAACUGCAGAAGUGCAACAAGUACUUAAUCGUUCAAUGGAUCCUAAAACUUAUGAAGCAAACCAUCAACCACCAUUGAUUGCACAGUUGCCACCUAUGCAAUUAUCUCUAUUGCCACAGCACUUAAUAACAUCUGGAACCACUAAAAAUUGUAUACGUUUACGUGGUCUGCCAUAUGAAGCGCUUGUUGAGCAUAUUUUACAUUUUCUUGAUGAUUUCGCUAAACACAUUAUUUACCAAGGCGUUCACAUGGUCAUAAACGCACAGGGACAACCUAGCGGAGAAGCAUUCAUACAAAUGGAUACGGAAGAAGCAGCGCAUUUAUGUGCUCAACGCAAACAUAAUCAAUUUAUGAUGUUUGGUAAAAAGUACCGUUACAUUGAAGUAUUUCAGUGCUCCGGUGAUGAUAUGAACAUGGUGCUAAAUGGUGGUUUACAAUCUCCAGUAGCAGCACAUCAUCCGCACCAUCCACCAACAGGAAAACAACCGUCAUUAUUAUCACCGGGUGCUUCUGUUAUCGGUUCACCGUUUGGACCAUUUACGCACUUUGGACCGCCAGCACCUAUAAUUACUUCGCCUCAUCGAGCUCAUCAUCCUCACGCUCCACAUCCUCAUCAUCCUGCGGCUUUUUAUCCACACCCGUUAGUUUACUGGCCGUAUCCCAGUCCACCUGUAUCACCCACAACUUAUUUUAGCCAACCCGCACACUCACCACCUCAACACCAGGCAAUGUACUCACUCGAUUUCAUACCUGCUGUAGCGCCUACGAAUUAUGCCGCACCACAAACUCCACUAAGUCCACCCAGCGUUACGAUACCACAUACAACAGCUGGAAUCAUAUUAACACCAAAUAAGGCACAAACAAUGACACUUGUGCCGCCAAAGCAAUUCACAACUAUAACUGCACCACUCACACCUAUACCAACCGUUGCUCACGAUCCAACGCCAAAUGCAGUUUAUCACAACAAAUUACAAUUAUCACACCAACCAAAAAAUAUUUAUCACUAUAGUUCACCAACACAGACACCGAUACCUUCACAUUCGCAACUACAACCACAACCACAACCGCAACCGCAAGCACAAUCAGCACUAGCACAGCCUACUGUUCAUACAAAAAUAGAAGCACCAGUACCAGUACCGGUACCAGCUUCAGCAAAUGUAGCAGUAUCAGAACCUGUACCACCACUAACUUCAACUCAACAAACACCAACACAAGAAAACGUUACUAUGUCAACAACUUCACCUAUAAAAACAUCCGUGCCCGUUGUUGAAGCUGAAGCUAUUUCUUCAGCAGAAACCGGUCUUGCCACUGACAACGUCGGGCGUAGUGACAUUGUUACUCAAACUAAUGCCCGUAAUAAGAAUGCGUAUCUCUCAAAUACCAAAGCCACUUCAGUAGUUGUCGAAACAAUACCAGUCCCGCCUAACGUUAACGGCACAGGUCAGUGCAUUGUGGCUAACCAAUGCGUAGAGGUUUACAUUUCAUAGGGUUCCAAACCAAAUGUGCUGUUUGCUGUUCACCACAGCGUUUACACUAACCUUUUACGUACGAUAUCUUUUAUGCCACCAAAGACUGCACGAUGAUACGGUCUUGGCUACUAACGAAUCUCGAAUUUUGCCUGAAACGGUCUUUGGCGUAACGUAAAAUUCAACAUUGCAACUGAAAUUCGUGCGUCCUACAUUUAAACACUAGAAACUUGCUAAGCUAAUCAAAAUGAUAAACCAGUGCAAUAAUAAAAUAUAAAAUUAGUUGUUAAUAAAUUAUAAAUUUAUUUAAAAUCACAUUUUUUA